CGGAGUGUCCCACCUGUCAGGAGGUGAACAGUGCGAACCACCUACCUUAUGGUUUGCUCCAGCCUCUUCCUAUCCCUGARGGUCGUUGGCAGUCCAUCUCGAUGGACUUUAUCGGUCCUCUUCGACCUCAGACCCCCCGCGGUCAUGAUGCUAUCCUGGUCGUCGUCGACCGCUUCACGAAGCGUGCACACUUUGUUCCGUGCCGCUAUGCUAUCAGUGCACGUGAGGUCGCCGACAUCGUAUUUGACCGAGUCGUGCGUGACCACGGCUUACCUCUGAGCAUCAUAUCUGACCGUGACCCGCGCUUUACCAGCCGAUUCUGGCGACGGCUCCACGAGGUAUACGGCACUCAGCUCCGCUUCUCCUCCUCUUACCAUCCUCAGACUGAUGGUCAGACCGAGAUCACGAACAGGACUCUCGGAGAUAUUCUCCGAAAGAUUGUUCGUGACGACCAGCAGUGGGACCUCCAUCUUGCCCACGCGAAGAUAGCCUACAACCACGCCGUCUCGCCAGCACGGGGAUGUCGCCUUACUAUUGCGACCUCGGCUAUCACCCUCGUGUUCCCGCGGACUUCCUUCGACCCCACGGUGCAGUGUACACCUGCGCCCUCCUCAGUAGUGGGCUUCCCGACAUCUCCGUCGUGGUUCGCCCCUCUCGCUACUGGGGUUGAGGUAUCGCAGGACUCGACAGAGUGUACUCAGCCCUCUGUCACAGUACCGUCUGCGCCUCCGCAGACCACCGUCUCCCCUUCUUCCCCGCCGCGACUACCGACGUGUCGAGCCAUUCGCUCAGCCCGUUGCAGCGAGCAGCUCGCUACUCGCGAGGACGUUGUGUCCUCUCUUCUGGACUUGAGCAUGCUCCAGGCUCGUCAGGAGCGACUCACCCUCCAUGUCGCUGCACUGCGGCGCCUUCUCGCCAUCCUCUCUGACCCUGAUCGCACCCUCCCAAUCAUCCCUGUACGACUCGGGACCUCCACGAGGGUGUACUCCGCGCUGUGGGAUUCCGGUUCUCAGGGCGACUUCAUUCACCCACGAGUGGUGAAAGAAGCUCGCUUACCCACGAAAGGGUCUCCAACUCCCAUUUCCGUUACCCUAGGGGAUGACAAGACCCAGCGCUUCUUCGAUCAGACGGUCACCGACCUCCCUUUCUUCCUCACUCUCGAGCCGACUGAUCGUUCCCCGGCGUCUCGUCGCCACCGGUCCUCUGCACAUUUCGAUGYGAUGGAGACGGGGUACGACUUCAUUCUCGGCACUCCGUGGUCUCGUCGGUUCCGCAGCACCGAGGCCGAUUGGGCGACCAACACUCUCGUUCUCAAAACGAAGUGUGGACAGACGUAUCGCGUACCUUUCAUAGGUACCACUGCGACACCACGCCCCGAUCCUCCUCCCCCGGAACCUUCCGUGCCCACACCAUCUCUUUCCAUCACUGUCACCUCGCCUCGGCAGUUCGCCCACUUCAUCCAACAGGACGACGUCACCUUCUUUAUGGUGAACGUGACGGAUGUCUUACACUAUGAUCCACCCUGUCCCGACGUCGAGCUCAUCCCUCUGGAGCCAGAUCCUCCUUCUAUCUCCAUGGCUCCCAUCUCUACUUCCGUCCCUCCGCUGUCCAUCGAGUCCACUCCGCCGUCGCGCGCUGAUGCUGAUGCUGAAGAGCUCACACUUUAUACGGCUGACCUGGAGCCCGCAGUUCGUGACCUCAUCCGAGAGUACCACGACGUUUUCCCAUCGUCGUUCUCGUACGCCGACAUCCCACCGAUGCGUGAUGUCGAGCACUCCAUUCAACUUGUGCCUGACUAUCGUAUCCGCGUCGCUGCAGCCGACCAGCCGAAGACCGCAUUCCGAUCGCGAUUUGGCCACUACGAGUUCACGGUGAUGCCAUUCGGCCUCACCAAUGCACCCGCUACCUUCUACAGGGCGAUGAACGACAUCUUCAUGGACAUCCUGGAGCAGUACGUUCUCGUCUACCUCGACGAUAUCCUGGUCUAUAGUCGUACCCUUGAGGAGCACCUCAGACACCUCCGCGACGUCCUUGACCGCUUGCGCAGACAUGGCUUCUACGCCAAGCUGAGCAAGUGCCGCUUUGCCCAGCACAAAGUGGAUUUCUUAGGACACUACGYGUCUGACCAGGGUCUCCACAUGGACGACGCGAAGAUCACUGCUAUUGCGAAGUGGCCCGCCCCCACAUCCGCCAAGCAGCUUUGCAGCUUCCUAGGCCUGACCAGCUACUAUAGUAAUUUCAUCCGGGGAUUCGCUAGGUAUUCCUACGUCCUUACCUCCACCCUCCUCCGGAAGAACCCACCCUGGGCUUGGACACCCCUCCACGAGGACGCCUUCCGCGCCCUCAAGAAGGCGGUGACAUGCGCACCGGUUCUUCACCUACCCGAUUUCGAUCGCCCUUUUAUCCUUACCACCGAUGCGUCAGACUUUGUUGUAGGAGCAGUGCUUUCUCAGGUCUUCCCCUCCUCUCCUGAUUCCUCUCAUCCUCGUAUCCCUCGCUUCCCACCACCUACCCCUACCACCGCUUCCCGACUGACGCCUACUCGUCCAGCUACUGACGAGCCUUCUAUUAACUAUGCUCCUACCAUCGCCGAUGACGGCACUGUCGAGUCUCGCUCAGGUGAUUGUCCGAUAGCCUUCUACUCACGUCAGCUCCUGCCCGCCAAGAUAAACUACACUGCUGAUGAACGUGAGGUUCUCGCAGUAGUUUAUGCCGUUCGGCACUGGCGUCACUACCUGCACGGGGCACCGUUCACGAUAUCGGAUGAGGAAGAGGGGGGCAACGAUGUUCAAGGUGUGAAGCAGAACUUGUUGUCGAAGCUUGAUGACAAUAGUGAAUUGGCGGAUAUCAAGAAGCUACUCAUAACCUUAGUACAAGUUGGCGGCGAUCGCAAAGGCAAAAGGUCGGCGUGGACGAUGCCAGUGAAGGUGCAAGUUGACGUGGCAGAAGAAGACGAAGAUCUGGUCCAGAACGGGGGAAGGGAUGAGGUGCUCGAGAUCUUUGACAGGAAGUGGAACAUGUUUAGGACACCCACUCAUGUGGCUGCCAUGAUGUUGGAUCCUGAGUUUCGAGACCCCACCAUGGCCGCCGCCGCCGACAUGCAGCAGGGGUUGACUGCUGCAUUGAUACAGUUCGGGUACCCAGUGGGAUCGCCGCAGCACAAAGAGGUUUUGACCACCAUCGACGAGUUUCAUGCGAGGGAGCCUCCUUUUGACACCGAAUAUAGAGCUCUUUCUGAGCAGACGUGUGAGGGAAACCAGCCGACAAAGAAUGGUAGAGUGAUCAACGCGCCCAAGUUCUAUGAUGUAUGGCUGCAUGAAAAUACCAGCAAUCCUGUUAUAGAUAGUUUCUUAUCGUGUGAGCCAUCAAUCUUGCAGUACAGCCAGCAAGUCGAGGCAUCACCAGCAGAGGCAUCAGAGCAAGUUGACCGGAACACUGCUCAUCGGGAUCCACCCUCACAUGCCAUUGCAAAGCCAGUGGAUGGCUUUGACAAUGGACCUGAUCGGAAAGGAGCCGACGAGCUGCCAAUGGACACAAUAGUGGCACAACUACAGACAUCGACGUGCGAAGAGAUACCAUGCAAUUUCCAUUCCGUGAUUUGCCCAGCUAUGGAAGGGAUGGUUCACGAGGAUGAUGGAAGACAGCCAGGGGGUUCCUUGAAAGUUGGAGGUAUUGCUGAGAGAGGAAGUGGUUCUUCUUCUUCGCAGGCAACGGCUUGCAUGUCUGAGAACACAUAUGUUCGGCGACGGAAGCAGUCAGCCAAGAGGAAGAGGAGACGGGCAGUUAAGGAAUAUGUCCAGAAGACAAAGGGCAUUGCACGGCAGGUUGUUGCAAUUGCCAGGAGCUGUCAUGCAGAGCUCAUUGAGCAGCAAAGGGCAUCAGCAGAAAGGAUCGAACACAUAUACAGGGAGGUGCUAGAACAGCAAGAUCGUCUAUACAGGGAGCGAGUUGAGCGGCAAGAACGCCUGUGCAAUGAGCACUUAGUCCAGCGGCGGGAAGAAAUGACAGCAAGAGCGAGGGCAAUGGAUCAGCAGCUGGCGCUCAACGAACGGUUCCUGACGCUAAGCGAGAGAUUCUUAGAGAUGUUUUCCACCAUCAACUCCUCAUCAAGCGGCGCUUCUGCUUCCAUUGCAAGCUGUCAGAGCACAGGCAUUUUCACCCUGACGACCCCAGCGGAAGGUGGCUGAUGAAAUCCUCCUGUCCCGUCUUUCUCCUGUCUAAACUGGACCAGAAGCUGGCACUACAGGCAAGGUUACUGACACUAAGUGAGAGAUGAAAUGAAUAGGGGCAACCCCAACCAUCAAUCCUCCUGAAGCAGUGCUUCCGCUUCCACUCUGAGUGGUCAGAGAACAUGCAAUUUCACACCCUCAUAACCCCAGCAGAAUGCGGGCAAUUCAGUACUGUUGUUUCGGCUGGAUCCUAUCUAAACUUCUCAUUGCCCCGCUUCUGCAUUCAAUGUGGCAGCAUGGGGCUGCCGUAUGAGGAGGGUAUCUGCAGGGAGGAAGAGAAGUUGCUGAUUGAGGACGCGCAGUUGUAUCUUGCCAGCAGCUCUCAGCCUGGGUAAGGUGUGAUCAGUAUUUGCCGCCACUGAGGCUAUUCAUUAGAUGCUGGAUCAGAGCUUUGGUAGAUAGACCACUACUCGCACGGAGCAAAUGAGUACAUGGUUUUGGGCGUUAUUUCCAGAUGCAAUCUGGAGUGCACGCAUAUUUACCCGCUCAGGAUUUGUUGUAUUUUGUCCCCUUUUGCUUCAUGGCUGCAGUGAAUUGUGCCUCCUGUAUACCGAAGUUCGAGGAGAGGUCCAUACUUCCACUGCCUUUGGGGCUCUCGGACGUAUCAGAGAUGUCAUUCAACGUCAAGGAACCAGCCGUCACGUGCGGUGCAAUCUUCAAGCUAAACUAUCAUGAACCUGAUCAGGUUCACAACCAAGCCAUGCACUCCAAGCAUGAACACACAACCACAGGGAAUAUGUCAAUAUGUAGUUGUCCUUUGGGACAUCCGUUAAAAUUGAAACUAUACAGAGAAGAUUAGCAUGGGCCCUCCCCGCAAGGAUGACACACGUCAAUCGAGAAAUGGUCCAAAUUAAAAAAAAUAAUAAUAAUAAAAAAAAAAAUCAAUAUGUAGUAGGGAGAACUCAGGACUAUGCUAGGACCACUUGGCCCAGUCACAAACCAGUCUUCUUCUUAGAGUUUUACAGACAGCCAGGCACCAGCAGUACUAACAGCCAUGCCCCAUCCGCACUAUGUCCAUAUUAUGGAAGCACAUGCCAGGAUGUUGAGUUUGCCAGGUUAUUACCAGUUUAGCACAAGCAUAUCAAACUGUGGCCUCCCUUCACUUUGUCAUUAACACCCGCUCAGCACCAGUUCACUGUGUCUCAUACUGAUAGACAGACAAUUCUGCUGAAAACAACUUCGGAAUCUAUUCUGCAUGUUUAACACCAAUUUAGCCCAAGCAUGGCACACUGUGGCCUCCCUUUCCUUUGUCAUUGACACUGCUCAGCACCUGUUCACUGUGUCUCUGGCAGAUAGACGGACAAUUCUGCUGUGGACAACUUGGGCAUCCUUUCUGCAUUCCUCAUUGCCUAGGCCUCCAUUGCCUGUUCUGACAUCAUUAACGCCUGCAGCACGGGUGCCGCCUUCUACGCCCAUCGUUCCACUGUUUUUCCUUUGCAUGUCACACUUUAGUGAGGAAGAUGGGUUCUUAUUACUUCUUAAUACUUCUUAUCACUUCUUAAACCACCGGCAGCACCCAGGAUAAGCUACCGAACCCUGCUUCCCCUUUGCAAGGAGGUCUUUCGCACGAGACCCUGCAACCUGAGGAGAUCAAGUCUUUUUCUUUUUUUUUAAAUCUCCCCACCUUAUUAGAAGAUAUCCCCUUCUUUUUUCAUUCUUCUUUCUUUUUCUACAGAAGGAAAAAUUAUGCACCAUUCCUUUCUUUGAGAUCUGCACAACAGGUUUGUCGAAAGUCAGUCAGAGACCAAAUGUUGCAAUAAACGUUCCAAAUGCGA